GAGCAUACAGUUCGGUAUGUGUGCCAGUGUAUGAGUGCAUUAAUUUCAUUCAAUGUAAGAUUUUCUGCAAAGAGUGUUGGGUGUCUGACGUGAAUCCAAUGAAAUUAUUACUUUGAUCGUCUCAUUUAAAUGAAAUAAGUAAAUUAGUUAAUGGCCAGUCGAAUGCUGGAGUUUAAACGCGUAUUAAUGAAAUUACAGAUUUAAGUUGAUUUCCGUGUUGACAAAGUGGUGAACAAAUUGAUUUAAUAAGUUUGAAUGGAUCGAAAAGUUAACCUUUUCUGACAUUGAAAGCAAAUAUCAAUUUCUCGUGCGGUAUUAUUAUAUUGGCUUAACAGUUGUCAUUUGCUAUAAGUUUGUGUGUGCCUAAUAAACUGAGAUCCAAAUUGUGGAUCACUUUCAAUUGGUGCUAAUAAAUUCGUAAAGAUAGAUAGGUACACAAUGGCUAAGGACGACGAUGAAGAUUUGCCCGACAAAGAUGCGGCCAAAGGAUUCUAUGCGAAAUAUGAACCGAAGGAAAUUCUCGGCAGAGGAAUCAGUUCAACGGUCAGACGUUGCAUUGAGAAGGAAACGGGCAAAGAAUUUGCUGCCAAAAUCAUAGACUUAGGUGCAGAUGGUGGCGAAGGUUCAUCACAACAAAUGCUAGAGGCAACUCGUCAAGAAAUUGCCAUCUUACGACAGGUUAUGGGCCAUCCAUUCAUAAUCGAGCUACAAGAUGUAUUCGAAUCGGACGCUUUCAUAUUUCUGGUUUUCGAGCUGUGUCGCAAUGGAGAACUGUUCGAUUAUCUCACGUCUGUUGUAACACUUUCAGAAAAGAAAACGCGAUACAUUAUGAGACAGGUGUUCGAGGGCGUUGAUUAUAUACACUCGCAUAGUAUAGUUCAUAGGGAUUUAAAGCCGGAAAAUAUUUUGCUGGACAAUAGCUUUAAUGUGAAAAUCACCGACUUCGGUUUCGCGAAGAUACUUUUAAACGAUCAAAAGUUAUACGACUUAUGUGGCACUCCUGGCUACCUGGCUCCAGAGACACUUAAAUGCAGCAUGUGGGAGAAGGCACCGGGUUACUCAAGAGAAGUUGACAUCUGGGCCUGUGGUGUGAUAAUGUUCACUCUGUUGGUCGGGUGUCCACCAUUUUGGCAUCGGAAGCAAAUGAUCAUGCUUAGGAAUAUAAUGGAAGGGAAAUAUAGUUUUACAUCGCCUGAAUGGGCCGACAUAUCAGAGGAUCCCAAAGAUCUCAUACGAAAAUGUUUAGUGGUCGAACCGGAAAAUAGAAUUACCGUCAAGGAGGCCUUAAAGCAUCCAUUCUUCACAACUACUCUUUUUGAACAAGAUAUUGGCGGUCUCAAGCGGUCACUGUCGACAAAAUCACGGAGAUUCAGCCGUAUUUCUGAAAUUGCACUGCUGCGACGCCAGAGUCAAUUCAAUGCACGGAAGAAAUUCCACUACGCUAUUUUGUGCGUACGAGCAAUGGUUCGAAUCAAACGAUUACGGUACACACUGGAACCGCUGAAGGUCGAAGAUGCCAUGUACGAUCCGUACCGAGUGAAAAUAUUGAGAAAGGUGAUUGAUGGUUGUGCUUUCCGUGUUUAUGGUCAUUGGGUGAAAAAAGGCGAAGGACAGAAUCGGGCUGCAUUAUUCGAAAAUACGCCACGCACCGAACUGCACGCUAUUUAUUUAGCUAAUCUAAGUCGAUAAUGUGAGAUUGUCGAGAAGAACGUCCAAAGUUACGGAAUAAAACGAAAUGAUCCGAGGUUUCCUUAAAAUGCUGCCAUCAUCAUCUUCAUCAUGAUCGUAAAAUCAGCAUAUUGAUGGAUGGACCAACAAGAAUCGUUUCGAUAAAAUUUGUUUUCGUUCAAUUUUAGUUUAUUUGCUUUAGGUUUUAAGCAACUUUGAUUCGCAACGACAAAAUAAGCUGUAAUUUCAAUUAUUUAUUUUAAUUAAAGAAUUUAGAUUUUAACACUGACGUCACGGAGGAA